AGGGAUUACAGUGUACAUAGUCUAUAUAAUGGAUUUUCUGAGCUUCAUAUAUUUAACAUCUGAUUUAACCAAAAAUUGUAUCAUAUGAAGUGUUUUCCAGUAUUGUUCUUGUUUUUUUGGGGUUGCUAGGUUUUGAUGGCUUGUGAUAGUGGCAGUAGCGGUAGUAAAGAGAGGAGCAGCUCAAAGUAUGAAGAGGAGGGUGGUGAUCUGAGAAGAGGGCCAUGGACACUAGAGGAAGACACACUUCUCAUUCACUACAUUGCUUGCCAUGGUGAAGGGCGCUGGAAUAUGUUGGCCAAGUACUCAGGACUUAAGAGAACUGGAAAGAGUUGCAGACUGAGAUGGCUUAAUUACUUGAAACCUGACAUCAAGCGCGGAAAUCUCACACCAGAAGAACAGCUCUUGAUAUUGGAGCUCCAUUCUAAAUGGGGAAACAGGUGGUCAAGAAUAGCCCAGCACCUACCAGGAAGAACAGAUAAUGAAAUAAAGAACUAUUGGAGAACAAGGGUGCAAAGGCAAGCCAGGCAACUCCAAUGUGAUGCGAACAGUGCAAGGUUUAGAGAGACAAUUACAUGCUCAUGGAUGCCAAAACUUCAAAAGAGAGAGAAUUCUUCAUCUUCCAUUCCUUUCUCUCACUUAAAUCCCUCUAUUCCUACACAAUCCCCACAAGAAACGUCCCAACAUAUCCAGCCAUUUCUUACCCAUACAAACAAUCCUGAUCAAGACCAACUCAGUUUAGAAAUUUUACGCUCCUCAGAUUCUAUCAUGACAACCCAAUUUCCUUCGUCGGAAGUUCAAUUCAACCAUGAAUUCUUUGGGAGACCAAUUUCACAGCCAUUUUUGAAGAAUUAUUGUUCUGAUAAUUAUGGAACAGGUUCUACUUCUAUUAUGGCCAAAAAGUCAGCUCCUAUCAACAAUUGCACAAUAUCAGAACAGUUCAUGGCUCAAAACAAUUGGGUUGUUAAUGUCUCAGAUGAUCUUUGGAGCAUGGAUGAGAUGUGGCAAUCAGUUGAAUAAUAUAUCUCAAUGGAACUGUGUAAUUCCCAUAAUUA